CUGACAAACGGAGCGGCGCGAGGGGGCGGGCGCCGCCCCCGGCAGCGGAGCCGCGGGACGUCUGGCAAGAUGGCGGCGCCCCUGGAUAUGGAAGCGUCGACCCUCAGCUUGGAGCUGCUGCCGACCGAUCCGUUGUUGCUUAUCCUUAGCUUUCUCGAUUACCGGGAUUUGAUGAGUUGCUGCUAUUUAAGUCGAAGAUUAAAUCAGCUAUCAAGCCAUGAUCCAUUGUGGAAGAGACACUGCAAGAAAUACUGGCUUAUUUCAGAAGAGGAAAAAAGUCAACGAAAUCAGAGCUGGAAAGCCAUCUUCAUCAGUACCUACUCUGACCUAGGAAGAUAUAUCCGAUACUAUGCUACAUUGAAAAAAGCCUGGGAUGACCUAGAGAAGUACUUAGGACAGCGGUGUCCUCGGAUGAUUGGUUCUUUGAAAGAGAGCGUGCGGGAGGAAGAUCUAGAUGCGGUGGAAGCGCAAAUAGGUUGCAAACUCCCUGAUGACUAUCGAUGUUCAUUUCGUAUUCAUAAUGGACAGAAGCUAGUUGUUCCUGGUUUGAUGGGAAGCAUGGCACUGUCGAACCACUACCGCUCUGAAGACUUGUUGGAUAUCGACACAGCGGCUGGAGGUUUUCAGCAGAGGCUAGGUCUGAAGCAAUGCCUUCCUCUUACUUUUUGCAUUCAUACUGGCCUGAGUCAAUACAUGGCCCUGGAGAGUGUGGAGGGACGAAAUAAAUAUGAGAUCUUCUAUCAAUGUCCAGACCAAAUGGCUCGCAAUCCAUCUGCUAUUGAUAUGUUCAUUACAGGUACAUCUUACUUGGAAUGGUUUACAUCCUAUGUAAACAAAGUUGUAACUGGUGGUUAUCCUAUCAUCAGAGACCAGAUUUUCAGGUAUGUGCAUGAUAAAGAAUGUGUUGCUACCACAGGAGAUAUUACUGUUUCUGUGUCCACAUCUUUUCUACCUGAACUCAGUUCUGUACAUCCACCGCAUUAUUUCUUCACUUACAGAAUCAGAAUUGAAAUGUCCAAAGAUGCUCUUCCUGAGAAGGCUUGUCAGCUGGACAGUCGAUACUGGAGAAUAACAAAUGCCAAAGGUGAUGUAGAAGAAGUUCAGGGUCCUGGAGUAGUUGGGGAGUUUCCAAUUAUCAGUCCGGGGAGAGUCUAUGAAUAUACCAGCUGUACUACGUUUUCCACAACAUCUGGAUAUAUGGAGGGGUAUUACACCUUCCACUGCCUCUACUACAAGGACAAAUUCUUUAACGUCACAAUUCCCAGAUUUCAUAUGGUGUGUCCAACAUUCAAGGUGUCUACAGCACGAAUGGAAACAAAUCAUAAUGAAUACGCAGUGGAUGAAGACGAAGAUUCCACAGACACUGAUGAAUACGAAGAUCGACGUAGAGUGUUGGACAUUCCUGCACCUUCUGGGCGCUGCCCGCGUCAUACCUGAUGGGAUUUUCUUCAAAACAAAAUAAACUGUUUUCAGAAGCUGAACUCUUUGGGGCUAGUGCAUAAGAAUAUUUCUGACUCUUGUAAAUGAACUUUCUGUUGCACAUCAGGGCAACUAGCAUGAAUGUUGGUGCCAGUUCUAAUAUUCAUCAGAGUAUAACUUUUUUUUUCCAGGUUUGGAAGUGGGGAGGGGGCUGGGGGGUGCUGGGGGGAGGGAGGGAGAGGAAGAGAAAGGUGUUUGGGCUUUGUUCACUUUUUUCCGAAGUGCGGAACAGCUUGUUAGUUCGAGGUAAUCAUAUCUUACAUUUUUAAACUAUUGCCUAUUUAUGAUCAUAUUGCAAAUAUGGUGUGGGGAUUUGUUUUUAUACGAGCAUUUAAAAUUAGCAAUAGACAAGAUGGCAAAAAAGGUGUGUACUGUUGUUCUUUCUCAUGAGUUUCUACUCUUGAUAACUCCUGCUAAGAAUGAAACUUGCAGUUUGGUCUGUGGAUGCCAUUUGGGUGAGAUCAGGUGCUCUUAUGCUCUUUUUUUUUUUUUGUUUUUUUUUAUUAACAUAGAAGUACCGGAAAAUUCUGGUCAUCACAUGCAUAAAUUAGGAAUGAAACUGGCCUUAUUUUUAGACAAUCUGUCUUUCAGCUUAAUUUUAUGCUAAGUGACUCUGAUUGGAUAAUGCCUUUUGGAAUGUAGUGUACAUGCAUAAUCUGCCACUCGGUAACCAAGAAAUUUCUCAAUGACUACGAAGUAUGAAUUUGUAAAUACAUUUUGAGUUUUUUCUUUAUAUGAUGUUUGCUGUUCAGACUUUGUCAUAGGUGACAAAUUUAUGUUGAAGUAUCAUGUUUCCCUAAAUCCUCUAUGGAUUUUUGUAACUACGCCUGAAUAAAAAAAGAAAAGAAAAAAAAAGGCGGGGGCGGGGGGGAUUGGGGGGGGGGGCCCUGACAGAACACCAGAUGACUAGAAACUUUAUAUUUAAAGAGGUAUCUGUUUGCUUUAUCACUUUUAUUUUGUUUCCAUUGUCAUUAAUAAACAACUGCCUCCUUUGCUCCAAA